AUGACUUGGGAGGACGACUACAGGCGAGGGUGUGCGUUAUUUGAGCAGGGCAAUUAUGAGGCAGCUUUGAAAUAUUUCAACAAAGCAGCCCGUGAAAAUAAGACGAAUGCGUCUACUUUCUACCAGAGAUCUCUCGUAUUAGAACGGUUAAACCGCUAUCGCGAAUCACUGAGGGACGUACAGAAGGCCAUCGACCUCAUGCCAGAGUCAGAGUCAUGGAAGGCAUAUAGGCACUCUGCUGCGCUUCUUCUACAGAUAGGCAGACUUGAAGAGUCUCUAAAAAUGGUAGAUCUGGCCCUAGAACGAGCUGAUGAGAACGCCAAGAAAGUUGCAAAUCUUGUGGAUCUGCGGGAACAAAUAAUGAAUGCACUCGAACCACGGCCAUGCUAUUUCUCAAAGCUACCGGAGGAAAUGAGUACCGAGAUAUUCGCCCUCGUCGUGGACAGCGACAAUGCGAAUGUGCUCACUCUCACUCUAGUCUGUCGAGCUUGGCGAGACAUCAUCAUGAGGUCGUCACGGUUUUGGCGUAACCUUGUUUUGACGCCGACAACAAGGCUGAAGCAGGCAGAUACUUGGCUCCAACGUUCGGGGGGAACGGUGACUACUCUGCACAUUACUGGAGGAUUUUCGUUCAGUACUCGACCCAGCAUGCUUAGGAGAGCUAAUCCCGAUAUAUGGUCAAGACUUGAGACAUUGAAAAUUACUUCCCAAACCAGUGUUUGCUUUUCGUCUCUUCCUCCGGGGACGGUUGAACAACUGCAACUAGUAAAUCUUGAAUUAGUUCUGGCUAUGCUAUACAGUGGGACAUGGGUGGCACUUGGUAAGAUGGACAAGUCGCGUCUUCAGCGCUUCAUGCUGCAUGCCAACAGUAACGAAUUCAUGCCGAUGCCGAGUGUCGAUUUCUUCUGCACUUCUUUGACGGCUCUCGAAUUGUGUUCAACAUUCUCGGCAAAGGAGAUACUUUGGUUCCUGAAGGGGACACCGAUGCUUGAGAGUCUGGACCUCACACCCUCCCCAUCCCAGCAAGUAAAUCCUGGGCAAAUUGAUCCUGUUGAACUGACUUAUCUCAGGCACCUUCGGCUCGACCAUCUCUGGCACCCGAAUAAAACGCUUACUGUAAUACGCGCCCGUGGUCCGUUGGUUAUACCACAAUAUCUAACGAAGCUUGAACAUCUUCUUCUUUCAUCUUGCGUUGUCCCUGCUGCUGAUUUCGUCGCUCUUCUUCGGACAGCAACGUCACUUAGAGCACUUGAGAUUCCACGGUGCAGCUUCCGCGAUGGAGAUGAAAACGUUGUUAUUGAAGCAUUGGCGAGACCGAUGUCAAUGGAGGAGGAGCAGGGCACAUCUCAGAUGAUCUGUUGCCCACAGUUACAGACUGUAAACCUUUCUAGACUCCGUCGCCUAAAGACAGAUCUGGUCGUUCUACUUGUGAAGGCACAUUUACUCGGAGCAACGUCCCCACAUGACGAGCUGGGAUUGUUCUCUUCCCUGGAAGAGCCUCAGGUCAAGCUACGUCGCAUCCUGACCUUGGUUGUUGACGAUUGCCCGCCGUUUGAGUCCAAUGCAUUACAUUGGCUCAGGGACGUCGUAACGCAUUUCAGUUAUAAAACAACAUUCAUCUACUAA